AAUUGAAGCCUCACCUGUUGCCGCGCGUUGUGUCACCGGAGGAGACGCGCAGCUUCCGCUCCCUCGAAUACAUGUUUCAUAAAACAGUUAAACUCGAGAGCAAACGCCUCAGACACCUUUGAAGGACCGUUAUGAAGACGGAAUAACCGCGUCUGCGCGCCGCCGGCUCCCGUAUUUUCCCUCCGCCCGUUGGUCGUUAGCAUGAGCUAGCUAGUAGCAUCGCUGCUACCGGACACCAUGUUGAAGCGGACACCUGGAGCUCAACUGCGUCACUUCAUCAAGAUAAGUACUUUUUUUUGUGGGUGUCCAUUUAUUAUUUUAAUGGAGCCCGGCCAAAUUAAGUUAAUUUGAGAUGAUCAAGUAUUUAACGUUAUAUAAUUGUAGAUCAAUUUGUUACUUUCGGAGUGAUGUGGAGAAGCUGCAUACAGUAGUUCUAUACACCUGUCAAUCAAAGUAAGCCCCGCCCUAAAGCAUCCACCGCGUCAUGGUCUGUUUGAGCGAAGUAGUCAUUUUCUCAUAGACUCUCAUGGGACAAAAGGAGUCGCCCCCUGCUGGUCGCUACAGAGAAUGCAAGUUGAGAUACAAAGGCUUCUCUCCGGAAGCUCUGUUAUGUUCUUCAUUCUCUACACAUCUAUUUCACUUCUGUCCAUCCUCGUAGAGCGAUCCCUCCUCCGUUCUCCUAAAGGUUUCUUCUUUUUUGUGUCUCCCUGUUCUUGUUUUCUUGUAGAGCUCCUCUUAAAACAGGCCGUCACGGCGGAGCAGGGGAUAAACACACAGUUGAAUCUACACAGAUGUUUUCCACUGUGGUCCUUUCUGUCGGGAGGAUGUUGACUGUUGUUUGGAUCGGGCCGUUCCGUCAGUGUUAUUUUUAGAUAAAUUGUGCGUCCAUUGCUGGCUUUUGUUUCUUGUAUUACGGUAUGAGUUGCACCUGCAUUGAUGCAUAAGGUGGAAAUAUUUUGUAAAAUGUAGUUUUAGCACCUAAAAUUCCUCCUCUGUACGAGGAGAUCACUGAACUUCUGGCUGAAAAUCUACACUUGUCCUUCUGUUUCCGGUCAGGUCACACUGAGAAUAUGCUAACCAUGCACUAUGAUCUCCAGAAAUACCCCAAAAUGUUUGGAGAAACAUUACUUUUUUAAUACACCUCAUUUACAAUUCCUUCUUAUAUUGAAUAGGAACUGAAAAGUAGUUUCCCACCAAAACGGUGCUUCAUGAAACCCAUUUCCAUUCCUCAUUAAACAUUUACAAGCCAUUUUACAUCUCAGCGUCCGUCUGUUUGUUUAGUGCACACAGGGUAUCCUCAACAAUACUUUCAGUCUUCGCUUGCCAGAAUUAGUUGUUUCCCCUGAUAAACUGCUCAGUUUUAUGAUCUUCUUAGUGAUUCAGGUCAAGCAGGCAACGCUCUACUCGGUCAUACUAACAGCUGAGGUCUGAUGAUGUCACCGUGUUGAAUACACGAUGCGAGCGGCUCGUCUCACUCCUCAGAUAUGUGGCUGUUUGAAAGAUUGUGGCUGGAGACUGACGUUAAAGUUAAUGAGGCGCAUUCAUUUAAAGUGAGGUGCUGUGCAGGAAGGAGCGCAGUCGAGCUAUUUUAGGGGAGGAUGGUGGAUGACGUGUUGAGUUUUCGUCUGCCUUUUUAUAUUCAUGGUGCCCACGGGAUGAAUCCGAAUACUCUUUGUCAUCACAUUUUAUCCAGAGGCGGCAGCAGGGGGGGACGUUUGCCAAUUUUCUGUUGCAAUGGAACGUACCUUUAAAGCUGCAUCCUCUCUGCUGCCAACCGCUGUAUGCUAACACGGGGAAACUACGACGCUGAACAUUAAAGCUGAAACGCACCAGCAUGUCAGCAUGCCUCUUGUUAGCACAUCAGCAUGCCUCUUGUUAGCACGUUAGCAUGCCUCUUGGUAGCACGCCUCUUGUUAGCACGUUAGCAUGCCUCUUGGUAGCAUGGUUGUAGACGCUUCAGUCUUGUUUUUUCUCACAAUUGCAUGCACUUUUGAAAUAAGACUCCACUGCCCUUGUUGACAGUAUUAACUGUCCUCUGUAUUCUAAACAUUUACUUGUGCUGUCAUGGCUGAUGUAUCCCCCCCCUUUCGAGAUCGAGAUGUAUCUUCAUAGCGGCGAUGGUGAUGGCAUGCCUGGUCUCGACGGUUUGUUGGCGGUUAGUCAAAGCGGAUUAGAAGGAACACCUGCAGUUCCUCUGUUUAUUUAGUCGUCAUACUUUCGAACGUCCUACUCCAAGACCUCGUCUUUAAAUCACGGGACAGCCUGUAGCUGCCAGGAAGCCCUGAGAAACCGCCUCGCAGUCGGGUUACUGCAGACCCCACUGCACAUCUACGUGUCUGUGGAGGCCCAGCAACUACAGCAGCUGAGUCAACAAACACAAAACCAAGUCAAAUGGUGAUAUGUUGGGAGUUCACAGUGUAACCGUUCCGCCUGGAUUUUCCAUUUCCGUCUUCUGGAUGAGCUUCAGGUGGGGGAUCCGCGGCUGGUGUUUAGUGGCAUGAAUCCAGGCAAAGAAAAAACGCCCGGGCUGCUAUUUGCGUAUGUGUGAAAAUGAGGGAUCAUUCGCGUGAGAGUCAAGCCACGAACAACAGCGUCCCACACUACCAAAGUGUGGGUGGCUUCAUCCUCGGCAGGUGCCAAGAACGCGCUCAGGGACGCGCUCGCUUUGGGUUUUUCAAACACGGGGAUGCAGGCCGGGUUUAAUCCCUUUAAACGGACUUGCUUUAUGUUCUGUUGGGGGCCGAUUGACCCUCAGUGGCGGAGUCGAUGCACAUGGACACUCUUCUCAAAGGUUAGAAGGCCACAUUAAUCCAAUUAUGCUUUAACUUUCAAUACUUGAAGGAAUUAUAUUUUGACGAGUGGGCUGCUUAUAAUACAAUCACAGAUCAUCAAGAGCGCUCUGAUGACGGUUUAUAUAUAUAUGUGUGUUUGUAUCACGUUCUAGCUUAUUGCCCCACAUCGGCCGACUGAACACUGGUUAGCAUUGAAAUGAGGUCACUCCCCGGGGUCUUGUCAAUACGUAAUUAAAAAGGCAGGACACAGUCACGCCUCUGUGGAGCUCUGCACCUCGUGAACCUCUGUGUGGCCCGACAGGAGGCCUCUGUAGGAGAGGUAAUCUUGUCUGAAGACUCCACACAUGGGUCCCUUCACCAGUCCAAGAUGUUCAGAUAAUCUUUCUUUAGACCAUCAAAUCUAAAAAGUAAAAAGUAUAAAAGCUUUAGAUCGCAUUUGUAUUGUGCCACUUUUUUCUAAAUGAAAACUGAGAUGUUGUAAUAUUAUUAAUCAAAGUAAAUAUUAGUAGAGACCCAAAUGCCAAGUAAAUGCUGUUGGUCAUCACAGCUAAAUUACCAGUGUGGUUUAAUUUAGGCUCGGCUAAGCCCCGCCCCCAUCUGCUACUCAUUUGCUUAAAAAGUCAAAUCCUUUUUGUUUUCCAGAACUAGCAGCUAUAUCAAAUAAACCAAACUCCAUUUGGGAAAACCCCCCUUCUUUUAAAGGUGUUGCAAAACAUACGGAAAAAACUCAGCUGAUGAUUAUUUUGAACUGUUUAAGAGGAACAACCUGCGAAUAGAUCAUGACCUUCACAUCAGCAGUUCUUUUAAAGCUCACGGGGAGUUUAUUUUAUUGUAACUCACAUGUUACUUAAUCAGUCACAUUAUCUCUCAGUAGCCGUCUGCCUCUGGAGCAAGAAAAGCUUCUCGGAUCGGGUUUGUUUUAUUUGUGUCCUUGGAUAUGGCUUAUAGCUGAUCUAUAAAACACCAGGAGUAACUGUGGUAAUCCAUCAGAAUUGGCUCACUGUCGUCCUGCAGCGAUGAUGUAAUCUCAUCAACCUUCCUUAAAAGUCUGCUGACCCGUCUGUCUUCGUCUACUCUGUUGUCUCUGUCCGGUCCCACGUUAUAAAUCACAGGCGUUUGAUUUCAGUGCCAAAGUACACGUCUGCAAUGCGAUGCCAAUGAAUUGUGCACGUGGGAUUAGAAUAAACUGACGGCCAUCGCAAACGGCUCCGCGUCAUCUGGUACAGUUCGUUAAUCUCUUCCAAAGCGUGCAGAUUUAUUGUUGUAAGAGUAAGAACUCCUGUCAGCACUGGUACGGAUUGUCUUAUUGUAAAUGUGGGUCACGAUUUCAAAUUAGCGUUUUUCCUUUUGUCCAAUUUACAAUCAAAUGACUUUAAUUUACGAAGGUGCUAAGCAGAGAAAAGCGUUUGUCAGCUCUUUGUCUGAGCCUCGAUAAACAUCUGCAAUUAGUGCUGAUUAGCAGAUGACUCUGAUCGUUCUAGGCCUCCGUGGUAUUCGCUGCGGUGAUGGAGGAGUCAUUGACGUCUGUAGUGGGCGUUGUGACUCAUGCACAGGGAAAAGCAGUUAAAUCUCUCCCCUUUUGGGAGAUUGAGUCUACUGCGGGUACUCCUGAGGUAACACUUUACACCCUCACAGAGGAACCGGUGACACAAGAUUUACUCCAAAUGACCCCCGAGGUGGAGUAACACGCAUCAUUGCACAGGAGAGGAGGAUUCUCACUGUGGGUCCCGGUAGUUUCAUAACUGGCAAACAAGCCGAGGAUCUCAGACGCUGUGUUGUUGUUGUUGUUUUUGACUCUUCGAACCAGAAACACAAAUCUGAGGGGCCAAAGGUCGACUUUCCAAGAAUUCCCUCGUCUCGUCCUCAAGGAAGUCGGAGGUGUCAGCUGUAGCGCUCGCCCGCUGACCGUGAUCACGCGAUGUCUUUGACGUUAAUUUUAUAGUGGCGUCUCUUCAGAGCGUCGGUCGGCUCACGGAGACGUCCGAUAAAAGAAGACGUGUAGUAAAACUUCCCUCCCGGUGCCGGACGGAGGCGGCGGCGAGCCGCUGCGCGCAGUGGAGCACGCCAGCUCUAAUUCGUCUCCGUCUGGAAGCACUGACCUCUUUUGUUCGCUUGAUGGCUUAUUACCGGUAUUGAUUUUGGCUCCUUUUGUAUUUUUCCCUGCGGGGAAGGCAAAUGACCCGCGCACGUAUCGGCCAACGAACGCCACACAUUUAACGGCGCUUUGCAUGACACCAAUUGUUUUAGUGUUCAGUAUCGGUGGGCACUGGGACGCGGUGGCGCUGGAUGGCGUGCGGUGAUGCUCCGGGAUGUAACGGUAACCUGCGUGCAGGAGGACGCUUCUCGAGGACUUGAUUUCGUUCGCUCCACUUGAACCGGUGGACAAAACGUCUUUUUAUGUGAGUGUUAAGACUUUUAGUGCAAAUGACAUUAUUUAUUCACAAUCAUAGGCACAGUUCAUGUCAUUGAUCUGAGCGAAUGCAUUUGUAAAAGAGCCGAACUCCCGUCCGAGCCGUGAGGGGAAGAUAAGGGCAGCUGGCUGACUGACGGGAGCUGCCUCCUCGCUGGAGAAGCUGCGGUCACAUCUAUUUUUCUUGACUUCAACGAGUGUGCGGCGACUCUUGAGGACGCCUCAUCCGAGCUGCGCGUGCUGCUGACAGAACUCUCUCCUUCGGUCAGAGGUUCAAACCGAUAUCUAUUAGCAUGGGUACGCAACGCGCUCUGAGCUGCUUCCUCCUCGCCGCUUUGCUCAGCUCAUCGGACGCCGGGCUCGUGAAGAAAAUCCUACGGCACCGGCGACAGACUCCGCAACCCGCCGAAGAACACAACGUCACGCUGCCGAGCGGCGAGCGCCCCGUGGUCUUCAGCCACGUCUACAACAUCAACGUUCCCGCCAGCUCGCUGUGCUCGGUGGACCUGGACGCCCCGGAGAGCGCGAGGCUACGAACCCGGGACGCGGGCGUCCCUCCGGACGAGCACGCCGCCGAGCACACGGUGGACGGGGAGAACCAGAUCGUCUUCACCCACCGCAUCAACGUUCCCCGGCGGGCAUGUGGCUGCAGCGAGGACCUGCCCGGCCUGAAGGAACUCAUGAGCCGCCUGGAGAUGCUGGAGGGAGAGGUUUCGGCGCUGAGAGAUCAGUGCCACGGUGGCGGCGGCGGCGCCUGCUGCGGGGCUCAAGUCACCGGUGAGGUGGCAACCAAACCUUACUGCCACGGUCACGGAAACUACAGCGCUGAAACCUGCGGCUGCGUCUGCGAGCCGGGCUGGAAGGGACCCAACUGCACCAGACCGGGAGUGCCGGGAACUGCUGGGAAGCGAGGCCGCUGCGUCCACGGGGCUGCCGUGUGCGACCGACCCUGGACGGGCUCCGACGGCUCCGAGCUGCCCUGCCCCAAAGACUGCCACGGCCGCGGCCUCUGCCAGAACGGCACCUGCCGCUGCGACGCGGGCUACGCCGGGGAGGACUGCGGCGGGCGCACCUGCGCCAACAACUGCCACGGCAACGGCUUCUGCGCUGACGGCGCGUGCGUCUGCGCCGCCGGCUUCAGCGGAGACGACUGCUCUCGGCUCACCUGCCUCAACGGCUGCAGCGACCGGGGAGCCUGCUUCAACGGCGUGUGCAUCUGCCAACCGGGCUACCAGGGCGCCGACUGCAGCCAGCUGGCGUGUCUGAACGACUGCAACGGCCGAGGCCAGUGCGUCAACGGGCGCUGCGCCUGCGACGUCGGCUUCCAGGGGGACGACUGCGCCGAGCUCUCCUGCCCCAGCGACUGCCUGCGGCGGGGCCGCUGCCUCAACGGGCAGUGCGUGUGCGAGGAGGGCUUCGUCGGGGAGGACUGCGGCGGCAGGACCUGCCCCUCCAACUGCCACGGCCGCGGCGAGUGCGUGGAGGGCCGCUGCGAGUGCCGCGUGGGCUUCGCCGGCUCGGACUGCGGCGAGCUGAGCUGCCCCGGCGACUGCCGGAGCCGCGGCCGCUGCGUGGACGGGCAGUGCGUCUGCGACGAGGGCUUCUCCGGCGAGGACUGCGGCCGCAGGGCGUGUCCCAACGACUGCCUGGCACGGGGCCGCUGCGUCGACGGCGCGUGCGUCUGCCGCGACGGCUACUCGGGAGACGACUGCUCGGCGCUCGCCUGCCCGGCGAACUGCAACGGCAGGGGCCGCUGCGUGGACGGGCGGUGCGCCUGUGACAGCGGGCACGAGGGAGAGAGCUGCGCGCAGCUCAGCUGCCUCAACGGCUGCCGGGACAAAGGCCGCUGCGAGAGCGGCCGCUGCGUCUGCGACGAAGGGUUCAUCGGCGACGACUGCUCAGGAGUGUCUCCUCCAAAGGACCUGACCGUUGGCGAGGUGACCCCUGACACGGUGGAGCUGUCGUGGAGCAACGACAUGCUGGUGACGGAGUACCUAGUCACCUACGUGCCCACCAGCCCCGGCGGUCUCCACGCGGAGUUCACCGUGUCGGGGGACAAAGCGGCGGCCACCGUCAAAGAGCUGGAACCCGGCAUCGAGUACCAGAUCAACGUCUACGCCGUUCUGAGCAACGCGACGAGCGUGCCUGUCGGUGCCAGGGUGGCCACGGAGCUUCCCAAGCCGGAGGGAGUGAUAUUCAAACCGCGAGAGAGCUCGGUGAGGGUGAUGUGGGACCAGCUGGACAUCCCCUUUGAUGGCUGGGAGAUCUAUUUCCGCAACCCGAAAGAAGAAAACGGAGAGGUGGUGAGCACACUUCCACCAUCUCAAAACUGGUUUGUCCAGUCGGGCCUGGGGCCGGGUCAGGAGUACGAAGUCUCCAUCAACAUCAUCAAGAACGACACCAGAGGUCCCCGAACGUCCAAAAGAGUCACUACCAAGAUCGACGGCCCCCGGCAGUUGGAGGUGAAGGACGUGACGGACUCCUCCGCUCUGGUCGUCUGGUUUCAGCCGGCGUCUCCCACGGACGGACUCUCCAUGGUCUACGGUCCCAGCGCCGACCCCUCGGACAAAACCAGAGUGGACAUCUCCCCCUCGGACAAGCAGCACAGCCUCGGCGCUCUGAGGCCCGACACCGAGUACAAGGUGUCGCUGGUCUCCAGGAGCGGAGGGCUCGCCAGCGCCCCCGCCGUGGCCACCUUCACCACCGCCCUGGACGCCCCCCUGGACCUUCAGAGCCUGUCCCAGACUGACGACAGCGUCACUCUGGAGUGGACCAACAGCCAAGCCGACGUCGGAGGCUAUCUGGUGAAGUACAGCCCCAUCUCCGGAGCGAGCCACGGAGAGGAGCUGUUCCCACGAGGCCCGGGGCAAACCACCAGAGCCACCAUCACCGGGCUACACCCGGGCACCGAGUACGGGAUCGGCGUGACCGCCACAAAGAACGAGAGGCAGAGCCUCCCCGCCACCACAAACGCCGCAACCGAUAUCGACCCCCCCACAGACCUGGAAGGAACGGAGUCCACGGAGACCUCCCUCGCCCUGAGCUGGCAGAGGCCUCGGGCCAGGGUGGGCGCCUACCGGCUGGAGUACUCCUCCGAGGACGGCCGCGUCGGCGAGGCGGAGAUCCCGGGCGCGGCCACCAGCUACGUCCUGUCCGACCUGACCCCGGGAAUGAGCUACACCCUGACUCUGUCCGCUGAGAGGGGGCUGAGCAGGAGCGCACCGGUCACCGCGUCUGCGUCCACAGCCUCUUUCACGUUUUAUUUAGCUGACUCAGACGACCGCGAGCUCCCGUCUCCCAAAGGCUCGGAGGACAAUGUCGUUAGCUUCGCGCACUUAGACCCCUCCGAGUCCCAGAUCUCGGUCGGGACGGAGCCCGAGGACGAGCUGACAGUCUCGGGCGUCACGCCUGACGGAUUUGACCUCACAUGGACGCUAAAGGCUCACGGCGUCUACGAUAGUCUGACAGUGGCGUAUAAAGACGCUCGGCCGUUACGGGAUGCGAGAGAGGCCCAGCUGCCCGGAGAUGCCGCUGGCUCUCGCAUCCGGGGCCUGAAUGCAUCCACAGAAUAUCAAAUAAAACUUUAUGGGAUCACUGGUAGCCAAAGAUCUGCGCUACUUGAAGCUGUCGCAGUCACAGCACCCGAGCCCACCUCUCCAGAUGUUCUCAUGCUGAGCAUCGAAGAUGCCACAACAGCUGCUCUGGCUGCAGCUCAAAGCCCAGACCCCCCCCUUCUCCCAAACCCCCCCGAUUCCGGGGUGACGGGCUCGGGCGCCGAGCCCGAGAGCGCUGGCGCGGUGGACGUUUUGGGGGCUCAUGUGAACUCACUACCGGUCGUGGGGGGUUUGUCCCCCUCCACGCGAUCUGAUGUCACAGUGCAAGGGGAGCGGUCUUUAGUGUUUCCCACCACAGAGGAGCCGAGGCCCCUGGCGGUGAACCUCUCCACCUCUGACGUCACGUGGGACGGCUUCACCGCCUCCUGGCUUCCCGCCGGGGGGGACUUUGAAAGCUUCGUCAUUGAGGUGACGAACCUGGAGAACGCGGAGGAGAGCCGGAGCCUCAGCCUGUCGGGGGACGCUCGCAGCCUGGGCCUCUCCGGGCUCCGCCCCCACACCGGCUACCUGGUGGGCCUGUACGCGAUGUACCGGGGCUCCCUCCUCCAGCCCGUGUACACCCAAGCCACCACAGUGAGUCAACCAGUGGUUGGCGAACUAUAUAUUUCAAACAUAACGUCCGAGAGCUUUUCAAUCUCCUGGAACGGCACUGAAGGAGAAUUUGAUGGUUUUACCCUGGAGCUAAUUGAUUCUGAUUGGCUGACGGAGCAGAAGGAAUAUAACGUGUCCCGCGGCGUGGAGUCCCUCGAGGUGACGGGGCUGCGGCCCGGCACCGACUACGUAGCCUACGUCUCCGGGACGUACAAGGGAUCCCGGACGAGCCCCGUCAGUAUUGUCGCAUCAACAGCCGAAGAGCCCGAUUUGUCCGGGCUGCUCGUAUCUAACGUUACCUCAGACAGAUUCUCCCUGUCGUGGCGGGCCGGCGCCAAGGCGUUUGAUAACUUCAUAGUGGAAGUCAGAGAGUCCGCUUUGCCCUCGCAGGCGAUGGGGCGCGCUCUGCCGGGGGGGGCGCGCUCCACGGUCAUGGCCGGGCUCAAAGCGCGCACAAGCUACGACAUAAAGCUCUACGCCAGCGCCGGCGGCCGGAGCACGCGGCCCCUGUUCGACGUGGCCACGACAGAGGACGUCCCACAGUUGGGGCCCGUAGCCGCGUCCCCCGUGAGCCCACAUAACCUGAGCUUGUCCUGGAGCGCCGUGUCGGGCCACUUCGACGGCUUUGUUGUCCGGGUCAGCGACGCCGAGCAGCGGUCCGAUCCGCUGGAGCUCAGACUGCCCGGCGAAGCCCGUAACGUUACCCUCACUGACCUGGCGGACGCCACGGGCUACGAUAUCGAACUGUACGGUAUCUCUCACGGGCGCCACACUCCCUCCGUGUUGGCCCACGCCGUCACAGCACCUUUGCCUAAAGUGGAGAACUUGACUAUUUCCAACGUAACGCCGUUCGGCUUCCGCGUGUCGUGGGCGGUGCAGCGGCGGCAGGAGGAGCAGGAGGAGGAAUCGGCCCCCUCUAGUGGCGGCUUCAGGCACUUUCACGUAGCGGUGACUGACUCCGGCUGGCUGCUGGAGCCUCAGGAGUUCACCGUGCCAGGAAACCAAAGCCACCUGGACGUGUGGGGCCUCAUCACCGGCAUAGGCUACGAGGUCCGGCUCACCGGCGUGUCCGAGUCGGGCCUCCUCUCUCGGCCUCUGACCACAGUGGCUGCGACAGAGGCCGAGCCGGAGGUGGAGCAUCUCUUCGUCUCGGACGUCACGGCCGACGGUUUCCGUCUGUCGUGGGCGGCCGACGGCGAUCUGUUCGACCGGUACGUGAUCCGGAUACGAGACGCCAAGCGGGCGGCCCGCCCGCGGGAGUACGCCGCCGGGGGGGCCGAGCGCACCAAAGUCUUAACGGGACUCGCGAGCGGCACAGAGUACGAAAUCGAGCUUUACGGCGUCUCGCUGGACCAGCGCUCCCAACCGGUCAGUGGGGUCGCUCAGACAGCCCUGAGCACUCCGAGAGGACUCCGCUUCUCCCACGUGACGGGCUCCUCCGCCGUGGUUCACUGGUCCACGCCGCGCUCUCCGGUGGAUAACUACCGCAUCACCUACGUGCCCUCUGAAGGAGGAAGCCCCCUGUCCGUCACCGUGGACGGAGACGUGUUCGAGGCGCUGCUGCCAGACAUGAUCCCCGGCAAAACGUACCAAGUGACCGUAAGCGCCGUGAAGGGCCUCGAGGAGAGCGACCCGACCACAGACAACGUGAUCACAGCGUUGGACAGGCCUCGGGGUCUGAGCGUGGCCAAUGUCACCGACACCUCGGCCCUGUUGCUGUGGCAACCCUCCGUGGCAACCGUCGAUGGCUACGUCAUCACCUACAGCGCGGAUUCCGUGUCCCACGUGGUGGAGCACGUUUCUGGGGACACGGCGGCGUUCCAGAUGGGCUCCUUGGUUCCGGGAACCCGCUACACCGUCGGAGUUCACGCCACAAAGGAAUCUCGCAGGAGCGACUCCGCCGGCACGGAGUUCACCACCGACGUGGAUCCUCCCCGUGAUGUCACGGCCGUAAACAUCGGAGCGGACAGCGCGACGCUCACGUGGAAACCUCCGCAGGCGGCCGUGAGCGGCUACACGCUCAGCUUCUACCCGGCCGGCGGCGCAGUCAGGGAGGUGGUGCUCAGCCCCACGGCGUCCUCCUACGUCAUGGCCGAGCUGACCCGCUCCACCGAGUACAGCGUGAGACUGCAGGCCAUCGCCGGGGCGCAGAGGAGCCGCCACGCGGACGCCGCCUUCACCACCGUCGGACAGCUGCACAGACGGCCGAAGGACUGCGCGCAGGUCCUGCUGAACGGCGAGACGAGCUCCGGCCUGCACACCGUGUACGUGGGGGGGGAGCAGGGACCGCCCGUCCAGGUGUACUGUGACAUGACCACGGACGGCGGGGGUUGGAUGGUUUUCCUCCGACGGCAGAAUGGAAAGUUGGAUUUCUUCAGGAACUGGAAGAACUACACGGUCGGCUUCGGCAACAUGAACGAUGAGUUCUGGCUGGGUCUCUCCAACCUCCAUAAAAUCACCAAUUCUGGCCACUACGAGCUGCGAGUGGACCUGAGGGACAGCGGGGAGUCGGCCUACGCCCAGUACGACCGGUUCACCGUCGCCGAGCCGAAGACGCGCUACAAAGUCUCCGUGGGCUCGUACAGCGGGACCGCCGGCGACUCCAUGUCGUACCACCAGGGCCGACCCUUCUCCACCUACGACAACGACAACGACAUCGCCGUCACCAACUGCGCGCUGUCGUACAAAGGAGCCUUUUGGUACAAGAACUGCCAUCGCGUCAACCUCAUGGGGAAAUACGGCGACGACAGCCACAGCAAGGGGAUCAACUGGUUCCACUGGAAGGCGCACGAGCACUCCAUCCCGUUCGCCGAGAUGAAGAUCAGGCCGGCCGACUUCGGGAAGUUUGAAAGCAGAAAAAAGCGAUCGUAGACCCGUGAACCCUCUUUAACCCCCUCCCCCCCCACCUUAAACCCCUCCCCACCUCCAACACCCCCCCCAGCCCAUCAAUAACCUCCGGUUUCCCCUCGUCUAAUAAUGAUUCUGUCAAAUACACACGAAACAGUGUAGCGUCCCAAUCUGGAACUCGUAUAUUUAAGAGUUUGAGCCCAAGUGGACACGAGUGUCUUUGGGGCCAAACAUCUGUCAUACAGGGGGGGGGGGGGGGGUCCUUGUAGAAUUGUGUAUCCACUGAAGCAGUAACAUGUCAACGGGCACAUAGUCAGAGGGCGUCACACCCCCUAAAAUAAGUGAAAGUUAAUUCAGUGUUCAUGUUCAAACAAUGACACAUUUUAAUGGAUAUAAUAAAAUAACUCCAUGAAGUGUGUUUACAAAGAGGCCAUUUGCAGACCACUAAUGCCACUGAAGUCCUAUUUUAAUUUUUUUUUUUGUAACCUUCAAUACGAAUAAAAGAUAUUAGUUGGA